AUGGAUUCAAUUACUCUAGAAAAGAUAGAAGUGAAAAACAACUUCGAAAGUUCAAAAAUAACAUAAUUCGGAGUAGAGAAUUUGAAUUAAAAAUAGAAUACUUAAACAAAUUUAAGAGAAAGCAAUUAUUCUUGCUUUUUUAUUUGA